UACAAAAAAUGGCUCGGGACUGUUAUCUAUUGAAAAUGUAGGGUCAAUUUCAUCGAAUACGAACAUUCUGCAUAAAACAAUUGGUCUUAACUCAGUUUUUUCUCAUAAUGUUUCAAACGCCUUAAAUAGAGUGCUCACGUGUAAUUUUAGAUGGUAAGGUCUCGUGAACAUAGCUAUAUUUGUUUGAAGGCAUACAUAGUGGGAGAGCACGGCGACAGCUCGGUGGCGCUAUGGUCAAGCAUAAGCGUGGGCGGAGUGCCAAUACUGAGCUUUCUACAGAAUCAACAAAUCACCUACGAGAAGGAAACAUUAGAGAGCAUUCACAAAGAGGUCAUAGGCGGGGCUUAUGAAGUGAUAAACUUGAAGGGCUACACAUCGUGGGCGAUCGGCUACUCGGUGGCAAGCCUCGCCCGGUCGCUCCUCCGUGACCAGCGGAGGAUCCACCCUGUCUCUGUCCUUGCUAAAGGGUUCUACGGCAUCAAUGGAGGUGAGCUGUUCCUCAGCCUGCCCGCGCAGCUUGGUAGGGGCGGAGUAUUGGGGAUCACCAAUGUGCAUCUAACCGACGAGGAGUCGGGACGGCUGAGGGACUCAGCCAACACCAUCUUGCAGGUGCAGACCCAGUUGGGGAUCUGAAAAUCCUUACACUUUCUAUCCAUAAAUGAUACAUAUAGUUGUUUUUUUAUGUGUUUUUGAGAAGGGAGUGGGAUUCAUUAUGUUUCCUUCUAUUACCUCCAUAGGAUAUAUAUUACAAAUUAUAUAUAAACUAUAUUUAAACGAGAGCACACGAGCGUGACUCUCCAUUAGUCAAUAUAUACCUUUUAUUUUGAGUUUUAAA